UCCUUCAACUCGAUCUUUCCAAGAUGCGAGCGCAGCGUUAUAUUUCUCGACAGUAAGUCGUAUUGCAUUGGUCCUUUGUGUGAUUUGUUUGGAUAGUUUCCCUGCUAUUGCUUGACCAUCUACACGAAAUGGAAAUUACAAUUUACAGUACAUUACGAUUACGCGCAAUGCUGCACAUGAUUAAAGACAACAUAGAGACAUCUCAAAUGCGUGAAACGUAAGCAUUUUUUUUCUGUUGGUAUAAAUAUGCAUUAUACAUUUACGCACGAAAACCUAAACAUAUUUAAAGUCACAUGCCUGCAUAUUUUCGCUUCAGUGAUAUCAGGAACAUUCGUUCGACGGCCAUGGCAUAUAUUCGUUCCAUUACGCGGUUUCUUCUCCCUCGCUCAAUACAAUGUGCGGCUGAAUUAAAAUUCUCUUCUCCUACUUUCCAUCUUUCUUGUACCUUGUGGACCCUUUCAGUUGACGCAAUAAUUUUUAAAACACUAAAGAUUACUUUUGUUAGGAAAUUAAAUGAUAGUGCAUGUAAAUUUAUAGCCUGUGCACAGACUGUGAUUAUGCUGUAUAUCACAGUCUAUGCACACGCAUCCUAGUAAAUUUAUUACUUGCUAACUUGCAAUUUAAUAACUUAUGCUUUUGUUUUUCGAACAAGUUUAUUUAAACCAUCGUGGUUAUUGGGCUCUAUAGCAGCAAUAUUAAGCCUAUACUAGAAAUACAUGCAUGCAAUAACCCCUCGCCUGUUUUCAAAAGAUAUAUACUCAGUGCCGUUGCGAGCACUUCGUCGCAGGGUGUGUGUGUGGUUAGAUAGAGGGGGGGGGGUUACCAAAAAGUUUCCAGAUGUACAAAAAAUUUUCAGGACAUAUAAUAAUUUUUCCGAAAAUACACUUGUUUUCCAAAUUCACUUUCUCAGUCAUGUCCUGAGAAUUACCUGAAUUCCCCUGAAAAUCUUCUGCAAAUCUACUUAAAUGUACGUACUAAAAGUGCACUGGAAAUCUACCUGAAAUUCAUCAUGAGCAAUAAUCAGGGGUGUUGCACCCCCCCCCCCCCCCCCCAGUGAGUUCCAAGCAAACACUCUCUGAUUUAUUGUUCGUGUAUUUCGAUCACCUCCCAAAAUAUUGUGCAUCAUACUAUAGAGCAUUUUGCUGUUGUCAUGCUCUAGCAUGGUUCAAAUUUAUGAAUUUUUAUUAUAUAAAGUAUAGUGUUUUACAGAGUUUUCGAGCACUGACAAAAAUGAUAAUCUCAGAUGUGAAAUUAUUCAUGAUAAUCUCACAUGUAAAAAUUUAUCGCCUUUUCAAUUAUCGCUUUUCUGUAAACAUUAUCGCUUUUCAUUUAAGACUGUCCUUUAUAUAAUAAACAGAAAAAUACAUGGGUGGUUGGAAAUACCAGAUUUAUUUUUUGUGUUGAACAUGACAUCUCACUCGUUCGCUGCGCUCACUUGUUCGCUGCGCUCACUUGUUCGCUGCGCUCACUUGUUCACUCAUGUUCAACACUCGAAAUAAAUCUGGUAUUUCGUGCACCCAUGUAUUAUUCUCUAUUUAAACUACAGCUAGACUGGUUUAAAUUAUUAUCAAUUUAUCAGUGAUUGUAAAAGUUGGAGAUAGAAGUGUUUUGUUUUAUAAAAUUAUCAAGUUGUCGGUGAUCGCAAAACCUCCAAAUCCUUAAUUUCAAAUGUUAGAAUGUUAGGGUUAGAAUGUUAGGGUUUGUAAUAUAUACAUUUUAAGUGAGAAUAUAUACAUUUUAAGACCUAACCAGGAACGACUGCGAAAAAUGCAGCACAAGGUCCUCUGGUAGGAAUUGAACCUACGGCCCUGCGAUUCCGGUGCAGCGCUCUAACCAACUGAGCUACAGAGGCCAGCUGUUGAGCUUUAACCGUAAGUUCAUGUAUAUUUAAGUAAUCGGGUGUGCGGGUUAUGAUAAGGUGGACUUCAAUAAUUUGGAUUCUUGCACUUCACUUGGUGGACUUAAUAUUAGAAUGUUAGGGUUUGUAAUCCAAGUGAGAAUAUAUACAUUUUAAGACCUAACCAGGAACGACUGCGAAAAAUGCAGCACAAGGUCCUCUGGUAGGAAUUGAACCUACUGCCCUGCGAUUCCGGUGCAGCGCUCUAACCAACUGAGCUACAGAGGCCAGCUGUUGAGCUUUAACCGUAAGUUCAUGUAUAUUUAAGUAAUCGGGUGUGCGGGUUAUGAUAAGGUGGACUUCAAUAAUUUGGAUUCUUGCACUUCACUUGGUGGACUUAAUAUUAGAAUGUUAGGGUUUGUAAUCCAAGUGAGAAUAUAUACAUUUUCAGACCUAACCAGGAUCGACUGCGAAAAAUGCAGCACAAGGUCCUCUGGUAGGAAUUGAACCUACGGCCCUGCGAUUCCGGUGCAGCGCUCUAACCAACUGAGCUACAGAGGCCAGCUGUUGAGCUUUAACCGUAAGUUCAUGUAUAUUUAAGUAAUCGGGUGUGCGGGUUAUGAUAAGGUGGACUUCAAUAAUUUGGAUUCUUGCACUUCACUUGGUGGACUUAAUAUUAGAAUGUUAGGGUUUGUAAUCCAAGUGAGAAUAUAUACAUUUUAAGACCUAACCAGGAACGACUGCGAAAAAUGCAGCACAAGGUCCUCUGGUAGGAAUUGAACCUACGGCCCUGCGAUUCCGGUGCAGCGCUCUAACCAACUGAGCUACAGAGGCCAGCUGUUGAGCUUUAACCGUAAGUUCAUGUAUAUUUAAGUAAUCGGGUGUGCGGGUUAUGAUAAGGUGGACUUCAAUAAUUUGGAUUCUUGCACUUCACUUGGUGGACUUAAUAUUAGAAUGUUAGGGUUUGUAAUCCAAGUGAGAAAAUAUACAUUUUAAGACCUAACCAGGAUCGACUGCGAAAAAUGCAGCACAAGGUCCUCUGGUAGGAAUUGAACCUACGGCCCUGCGAUUCCGGUGCAGCGCUCUAACCAACUGAGCUACAGAUGCCAGCUGUUGAGCUUUAACCAUAAGUUCAUGUAUAUUUAGGUAAUAGGGUGUGCGGGUUAUAAGGUGGACUUCAAUAAUUUGGAUUCUUGCACUUCACUUGGUGGACUUAAUAUUAGAAUGUUAGGGUUUGUAAUCCAAGUGAGAAUAUAUACAUUUUAAGACCUAACCAGGAACGACUGCGAAAAAUGCAGCACAAGGUCCUCUGGUAGGAAUUGAACCUACGACCCUGCGAUUCCGGUGCAGCGCUCUAACCAACUGAGCUACAGAGGCCAGCUGUUGAGCUUUAACCGUAAGUUCAUGUAUAUUUAGGUAAUCGGGUGUGCGGGUUAUGAUAAGGUGGACUUCAAUAAUUUGGAUUCUUGCACUUCACUUGUUGGAAUUAAUAUUAGAAUGUUAGGGUUUGUAAUCCAAGUGAGAAUAUAUACAUUUUAAGACCUAACCAGGAACGACUGCGAAAAAUGCAGCACAAGGUCCUCUGGUAGGAAUUGAACCUACUGCCCUGCGAUUCCGGUGCAGCGCUCUAACCAACUGAGCUACAGAGGUCAGCUGUUGAGCUUUAACCGUAAGUUCAUGUAUAUUUAAGUAAUCGGGUGUGCGGGUUAUGAUAAGGUGGACUUCAAUAAUUUGGAUUCUUGCACUUCACUUGGUGGAAUUAAAAUUAGAAUGUUAGGGUUUGUAAUCCAAGUGAGAAUAUAUACAUUUGCAUAUUCUCACUUGGAUUACAAACUAUUCUCAUUUGGAUUACAAAAUAUAUACACCAAAUAUAUACAUGUACUAUACCGGUACAUUUGUAUAUUCUCACUUGGAUUACAAAAUAUUCUCACUUGGAUUACAAAAUAUAUACAUGUAUAUAUUCUCACUUGGAUUGCAAACCCUAACAUUCUAAUAUUAAUUCCACAAGUGAAGUGAAAGAAUCCAAAUUAUUAAUUUCAAAUGCCCCGCCGGGGCUAAGGUUCGAGUGGAAAUGCCCAACCCCCUGGAUGUGCUUUACAGGAAAAUGGCUGGGCGAGGGGGAUGGGCACACUUGGAUUUGGCUGAUGCAUUAAAAGUCCUGUGCUUAUUCCAGACUGCUUGUCAAAUAUUUACUUGCUAGAAGUAGAAAUUUACUCUGACCGCUGGAUGAAGAAGACAUUAAAUAAGUACUGGUCAAUAAACAGAAAUGUAUUUUAUUUCAUAGUAUUACAAUUUUAUUUUUAUACUAUAAAAAUAAAAUAUAAACAUGCAGCAUAGAAUAUGCAAAUUCGAGGCAAAAUUAUUGUUGAAUCGGUUUAUUUAUAGGAUUUAUAACAAAUAGCAACUAUAAAAGUUUGUACCUUGUCUUCACAUCGUAAUAGCCAAUGCUUUUAAUUUUACAUAUUUUAGAAUCAGUUCCUUUCCUGGUAACUGCAUUUCUAAAUGAAAUCAUCGUGAGUAGUGAGUGCUGAGCAGGCUGUUUUACUAUAAACAAAUUUUAGGAAUUGUUAACAACUUUGAAAAAUAUAUCGUUGCACAUUCGGUCACAGUCGGAAAAAUGUUUAUAGUAUGUUGUACCGUCGUUUGCAACUAACGAUGAACAGUCGCUGAUAAAAACAUUCGCGUGAUUAGAAUCUUCAAUGUUUGUCAAGAACAACAACACUUAAUUGUUUUUUCCCAUGUGUGCAAUAAAAAUAAGUAACAAAACUUUGUCUGUACUUGUUGGGCUAGAGACCUACUGGAAACUUUUACAGGCUUUUUAAUGAGAAUAGAGAAUGUUUUAUCUGCAACUGUUCACCCUUAGUUGCCACCGACGGUAUUUGAUAACUGAUAUAAAUAAAAUACAGUCUGGUUAUACUGACUUGAGCGUGUCAUGACAAACUCUUUAUUGGAAAAUUGUGAAGAAAUAGUCGAAUAUAGAGGGUCGAAUAUCAUACUUAAACUUGUAUAGCUACAGUAUCAUUGGUACAUAGCGUUGUGAAGACAAGCCUUUGCUUUAAUACCUUUCGCUUCAGCAGUCUUUUUUUCCAUACUUCUCUACGCUUUCCCAGGCGAGCUUCUCUUUCCUCAGCAGUCUCCUCGAGCAAACGUUGUCGUCUUCGCUGGCUCCCUCCUUUUCGCGAGACGUUCGGCUUUCUUGUCGUUUCCUUGCCGCUCUUCAUUUGGCUCCAUACAGUAGUCCAUUUUUUUAUAAUUGGUAUUUGAUACCAUAAUUGUUUUAUUAAACUCUUUAUAGAGCAAAUUGCUUUGAAAGCUGUCAAGGUUUUUUGCAAACGUACAAGAUACUGCAGUGCAAAAAGCAAAUUAUUUUCAUGAAGUAUCUGUCAGUUGAAGUCGUUAUUUGUCAUACAACAACAAAUUUUAAAUUUGACCAAUCAGCGUUCGCUAUCCAUGACAGUCCGCCAUCUUUUUGAGAUCAGUGAGGAUGACCACCCACGCACAGUGACCCACGCCCGCGAUAUUUGAUGAACUUUAGACUUGGCUAAUGCUUUCGUUUCCCCGGGUGUAAAUAGCCGGGGGAAAUUAGUACCCUCGCACGACGCUUCGCGCCGCCGGCUCGGGGAUAAAAUUAAAUAAUCACUGUGAUGAUUGUAUGAAUACCGUCGAUUGCAACUAAGCAGUAAGCAGAAACAUGUCAUGAGAAAACGCGAUCCAAUUGGCUGUCAAACAUGAUUUGUUUGAACUUCAAACAUCGCAUGAUUUUACUGAUUAAGUUAUUGUUUGCAAUGUUUGCACUAACUUUAUUACGUUUUCGCGGGAAAAAUAAUUGUAAAACGUCAAAUGUUUCCAGCAAAAUCAUGUAAAGUUGAAGUCCAAACAUGUUGUGUUUCAUGUCCAAUUAGAUCGCGUUUUCUCAUGAGGUGUCUCCGCUUAGUUGCAAUCGACGGUAUAAGAGCUACCUUAUGUUUACACUGGUUUUUAAAUUUUACAACCACCUUGCUUUACCUAUAGUUCUUGAAAAUGAAACAAAUUCUGCACAUAUUUUGCUUCCCACGAUAACGGUAAGCCUUUCUUGCCUACAACAUAACACAUACGCAGUAUUAUAUGCAAAUUAACCACAGUGGAUGUUUGGUGAUAAUGCAUCUAUAAUGAAAUAUUUUAAAUAUUUUUUAAAAGUAUUAUUUAAAUGUUUUUAUACUUUAUGAAUUAUAUUAAAUAUUACUUUAAAAAUGUACAAUUAAUUGCAAAGAUAAAGAACGUCGAAGCGACUAUGUUAUACUGCAGGUAUGUUUG